CAUCCGAAACACAAGAUCCAAAGAAAAUGGCACAGCCCUCAAAAUUCGUUCUCAUAAACGAACCCUAUGGUGUCGUCAGCGACCCAAUGGACCUUGUUUCACUGAUCGACCGUAAGAUUUCUCUCCGUAUGGCUCCAAUCUCCGGACGUCACGUCGGAGCAGUUGGACUCGGAUUUUCCCGCAAGGUCUUCUUAGGCAUCAACGUCGAACUUCCCGGUCUUCCUCUUCACCACUCCAUCCACGCCGAGCAGUUCCUAGUCGUCAACCUCAUGCUCAACUCCGAGCAAAACCUCACACACUUAGCCGUCUCCUCUAGCGACUCCGUCUUCCACGCGCCUUGCGGUCACUGCCGUCAGUUUCUUCAAGAAAUCACCGAGGCGUCUAUCAUCCAAGUCCUUAUCAAAGAUCCAGCACUUGGCAUACAAGAAUUCGUGACUCUCAAGAGUCUCCUUCCACGUCACUCCAAUCUCCUCCCUGACCUUCUCCAUGCGCGUGAUAACAAACUCCUCUUAUUGAGUUCAGAGGGAUGUGAAGAUCUUGUACUGCUUAGGACGGCUUUAACGGCGGCGAACAGAUCUUAUGCACCGUACAGUAAGUGUCCCUCGGGAGUGGACUUGAAGGAUUGUGAAGGGAAAGUGUAUAGAGGAUGGUACAUUGAGUCAGCUGCCUAUAACCCAAGCUUAGGGCCAGUGCAAGCUGCGUUGGUUGAUUUUGUGAUAAGUGGAGGUACAAAGUUCGAGGAUAUCGUGGAAGCGGUGCUGGUGGAGAAGAGAGAUGCAGUGGUGAGUCAAGAGAAGACGGCGAAGAUGAUUCUAGAGACUAUAGCCGACCCCAAAUGCGAUUUCAAGGUCUUUCAUUGCGUCUAGGAGGUGAAGGCCAAAGAUUAAAGUGAGAAACGA